AUUAGGCAUAUACUACACAGAAUAUUAUUUAUCCAUUAUGGAUUUGGUCUAUGCCUUAUAUAGAAAACAUAACACAUCUGCGAAGAUACACCCUGAAUUCGAAAGCUUGCAUGAUGGUGAAACACUAUGUUCUGUGUCAAGUCAGAACAUCGUGGCAUUUACAACCCGUACUGAGCUCGACGAUGUAUCAGGAAAGACUUGGGGUUCACAUGUUUACGUGGCAGAUCUGAACACACCAUGGUUCAGCCACAAGAUUCUGUCAAGUCCAGCUGUUGUCACUGCACUGGAAUGGGAUCUCCCGGGACACAAAUUGUUGGUGGCCGACUCCAGUGGGACCGUGUCUUUGUGGACGUUGCGUGACUACAUUCUCAACGACUGGCAAUGCCUCGGUUCCGUCAGCUUCCCGGGAGAACACAUCAUUGGUGCUGCUUUCUUUCACAAUGGGAAGAAGAUUGUGAUCGUACCCGAAAAGAAAGACAAUUACUUAUACAGUGAGAAGUUCACACACGUAAGAUUUGCACCUUCCGUUCGACAGUUUGGCGGAAGAUCAGUUGAAGGAUGUCUGGUUAUUAGUACCACAGGGAUGGUUGGAGCACUAGCUGUCAGUAAGGAUGGGACAAGCCAAUCUCUACUCACAACUACUGAAAGUCUAGGAUCUACAAGACAACGGAUCACAGCAGUGGAUAUCUGCUAUGGCAAGAAUGGCCAAUAUCUGGUAGCUGCAAGUAGCGGAAGUGUAAACAUGCCAAUACAGUGUUUCCGAGUGUCAGUUAAACGUGUCGAGGACAAACUCACCAUCAACUCUCAGGCCCUUCCCAGCUUCUUCAUGCUGGCCCACGCCUCCUCCGACAACAUGUAUCACACAGUGUCGCAGGUCAAGUUUGUGGUGAGAGAAGACGCAGACACUCUGGUAGUGGCGGCCAAUGGAGACUCUGGAGCUCUUAUUGAGAUAUGGGAACUGCAAGAGAAGCCACUGUCUAUACACAAACUUUUCCAGCCUAAAGUUCAGCCUACAGAGCCUUUCAGAACUGUGGUGUGGCAACAUCAGAGCCAGUUCACACUGACCACUACGAUCUCGUGUAUGACUACUCUCAAGAUGGCUCUGAUGAACACAGUACCUCCACCUCUCUAUGUCAUCGUUGUGUUGUCAGACAGCUCCAUUCAUUGUCUAUCCAGGGACUCGCUUAAACAGGUAGGGACAGCAUACAUGGCGGUGGGUUGGAGAGACGAUGUGAAGCAUCAGAAGCUGACUAUUGACAUCGCCUCUAUAGACCUGACUUGGCUGGGAGGUGCUCUGGUCAUGGCAGAUACACAGGGACAGUUGUAUAUGUACAGGCUGCAUCCCAUUGGAGAAGCAGGUCAGGGAGUCAGCGCCAUCUACGCAGCUACAUUGCUGGAGUACUGUCUGGUCACUGGGCUGGAUUGGUGGGACGUUCUUGUUGCUCUCAGGCCUACAAUGGUAGAUGCAGUGUGUGAUCGGGUGACUGAAGGAUUCUCUAGGCAGCCCUCCACCACUCAGCAGUACCACUACGUGAGUCACCUCAGUUUACGAGCAGCAUUGUAUCGUCUCAGCCCCUCAGGACAAUCACGAGCUGCCGACCUCACUGCUCUACUCAUGCUGCACUCUGUGUCCACUGCGUUCAAAACACUUCUGCGGCCGUCCGACCUCUCCAGCCACGACAAGGGACCUGCUGACAGCCUACAGGCUGUAAUGAGUGAAGCAGUGACAGACAUAGAUGCCGUGUUGUUACACCUGGAGGCGAAGGAGUUCACUGUUGAGCCGAGCACACUACAGUCUCUACAUCAGCUGAUACAGUGGGUGGCGGACCUUGCGCUCAACUUGCUGGCUAGGCUGCCGGAGCAGAGGAAAGCUAUGGGGUAUGAGCUUGUGAGGGAUGGUAAGGCAGUGAACAGCAUCAGAGAGUUGCUGAUCAUCAUCAGGUUCUGGGGUUUGCUGCGUCACAGCUGUCUGCCAGUGUUCAUCAGCAGUGCAGAGAACGUAGACGUGCUAGGACUACUGUUCAAACUGCUUUCCCGUCUUGUACAGAACACAGAACCAGACGACGCUCUAAUUGAUGACUGUAUUCUACUGCCCAACCAAGUGAUGAUUCCUCCGCUCAACACAGCCACACCUAUCAUCGCCAUCACCUCACCUGCACUCUUCUAUCUGUCUCAACCACUCAAGUUGGAGUUUGGUGUAGAGCCUGAUUGCCUGCUGUACGUGCCAGACCUGAGCCCUGUGGAAGGAGCCAUGGCUACAGACCAGAUAGUGGACACAAUCCGACACAUCUACCUGGGACAUCAGCCACUGGUCGUUAAACAGUGCUGUCGGUGUGGAGGUAAGGCCCAGGUCCAGAGUUGUCCCAGGACAGCUGCCAUCAGAGCGUGGGAUCUGCGCUGGGCGAGGAGCUGUAGAUGUGGAGGCCAUUGGCGGAUACACAAGUGUUCAUGAACCUAACCACCAUAUUUGUUGACUUGAAUCAAAUCCCUCAAAAUGUAUUGGAUUUUGGUUUAUCAAUUUGUGGCUUGGCAGAUUUACUGUCCACCUAUCCUACCAUUCAAAGGAAUCUCUACUCACUGCUCACGGCAAGGAAAGGUCGGAUUAUAUUUUUUUCUACUCUAGACUAUAGAAUAGAUUUUACAAAACAAGUUGAAUACACUUACGAUUUCAAGUUUUUCCUUAGUGCUGUAUUAGGAGAAAAAAACAAUUAAAAGCUAUUUUACCGAACCUUAACAGAAAUUGCCGCCAGCACACAGUUCCUGGAAUAUGUUUCAGCCUGUGACAAAUUGGAUAAACCAUCAACAUUCCUUUUCAAGUGAAUGAACGGCCAAAGAUCAUUUUAACUCUAUGACUUGUAUUUCUCAUGCUCCAAAUCGUAAACAUCAUUGUAAAUAUGUGUUUGUAUAUUUUUAUUUUGUAAAAAAAUAAAUCCAUUCAAUAUUUUGAAAGGUUUAUUUAGUUUACCACCAUUGUGAUUUUUUGGGGGAACGAGCUGGUGUAGUGGUUAUAGCGCGGAACUUCAGUCCCCGAGGUCCCGGGUUCAAAUCCCGCCAAGUCACGAAUGGA